AUGACAGGUGGGCACCAACAUGCUGGGCUCAAAGUCCAGUUUUUCCUUCCCCCCCAUGUGCCAGGCCCAGCGCUCUGCCACAGAGCCCCCAGCCCCACAGCCCCCCAGGGUUUGGUCCUGAUUCAUUGUGACUCUAGGCGCCACCCGGGGGUGGGGGGUCUCUCAGACUUUGCUAACAGAGUUCCUUCUUCCCUCCUUAGGGCCCUUGUGUUUGUGUCCCAUGGCGCCGGGGAACACUGUGGCCGCUAUGACGAGCUGGCUCAGAUGCUGAUGGGGCUGGACAUCCUGGUGUUUGCGCAUGACCACGUCGGCCACGGGCAGAGCGAAGGGGAGAGGAUGGUGGUGUCUGACUUCCACGUUUUCGUCAGGGACGUGCUACAGCACGUGGACGUCAUGCGGAAGGACUACCCCAGCCUCCCUGUCUUCCUCCUGGGCCACUCCAUGGGAGGUGCCAUUGUGAUCCUCACAGCGGCGGAGAGGCCGGGCCACUUCUGUGGGAUGGUCCUCAUCUCACCCCUGGUUCUGGCCAAUCCCGAAUCUGCAACAACUUUCAAGGUCCUCGCUGCGAAAGUGCUCAACCUUGUCCUGCCAAACAUGUCCCUGGGGCCCAUCGAUUCCAGCGUCCUCUCCCGGAACAAGACAGAGGUUGAGCUUUACAACUCGGACCCUCUCAUCUGCCGGGCGGGGCUGAAAGUGUGCUUUGGGAUCCAACUACUCAACGCUGUCUCGCGGGUGGAGCGAGCCCUCCCCAAGCUGACCUUGCCCUUCCUGCUGCUCCAGGGCUCCGCAGACCGCCUGUGUGACAGCAAAGGGGCCUACCUGCUCAUGGAGUCAGCCAAGAGCCAGGACAAGACUCUCAAGAUUUACGAAGGUGCCUACCACGUCCUCCACAAAGAGCUUCCGGAAGUGACCAACUCCGUCUUCCACGAAAUAAACAUGUGGGUCUCCCAAAGGAUAACCAUGGCUGUCCCCAGAGGGGUCCCCAGAGGGUCCCCGCCCUGAGUGCACUGGCCAAGGGACCAGCUCAUGGCCUGGGGGAAGCGGGCAGAGGGAGAACAGAGCUGGCUGCUUCCGAGUGGCUUAAAAACCAACCCACCGCCAAACUGGAGGGACCCCUGGCGCAGUUAACUUUAAAAAAAAUAAAUUUAUGUCAUAUAUAAGGCUAUAAGGCACUGGAACUACCCUAAAGGGUAGACACUAUGCAAAAAUAUAUAUAUAUAUAAUAAUAAUAGUAAUAAUGAGAAAGAGAAGGGUGACAGGCAAUUCCCACAGAGGGACUCUAUUAAAUUUUUUUUUUCUUAAAUAAGCAGGGCCCCGCGUGGUGGCGCACGCCUAUAAUCCUA